AUAAUUAGUCUUUCCAGUUGCGCAGAGAUAUCAGGUUUACCAAAAAUAGUUUCUUCAGUAAUUUAUAGUAUUGACUUACCGUACCGUGUAGUCUUGAAGUUCAAACCAAAAUGGAGUCAUUGGCAUGUUGACCUUCUUCUCUCCAUUCCCGCGCCCUCUUUCUCAAAACGCAGUCGUUCCCCGCCACACAAUCACCAUGUCCUACUCCACUGUUUCCAUUCCCUUCUCUCACCUCCAAGAUAAGAAUCAUGAUUUGUCAUUGAAGAUUGAACAAGGGUUUGGACCUAAUGGUUUAGGGAUUCUAUCUGUCACUGAUGUCCCAGGAUAUUCUUCGCUGCGCAAAAAUCUUUUGCAUCUCGCACCAAGAUUGGCAAAUCUUCCUCAAGAAGUGAAGGAUGAUCUUGAAGAUCCUAACAGUAGAUAUAAUAUUGGUUGGAGUCAUGGGAAAGAGAGACUUGAAUCCGGCAAGCCUGAUUUAUUAAAAGGAUCAUUCUAUGCCAAUCCCAUACUUGAUACACCUACAACAGAUAAAUCAUUGUUAAAACGGUACCCAUCAUAUUGUGGAUCAAAUAUAUGGCCGAGAAGCACAUUACCAGAACUUGAAUUGGCUUUCAAAGCACUUGGGAAGCUGAUAUUUGAUGUUGGAUUGAUGGUGGCAUAUCACUGCGAUCAAUAUGUAUCCAAAGGAAUGAAAGUUCAUAAGGAUGAAGGUCUGGAAUCAAUACUUAAUCGCUCCCGCUGUCACAAAGGACGUUUGCUAUAUUAUUUUCCUGCACAACAGGGAAUCCCAGGUUCCAACUCCAUGUCUUCUUGGUGUGGAUGGCAUACAGACAAUGGUUCACUGACAGGUUUGACUUGUGGUAUAUUUACAAGAGAUGGUGUAGAAAUACCUUGCCCUGAUAGUGCUGCUGGCCUUUAUAUUCGAACAAGAAAUGAUCAAAUUGUGAAGGUUGUGUUUGGAGCAGAUGACAUAGCUUACCAAAUUGGUGAAACUGCUGAAAUUCUUUCUGGAGGUAUUCUUCGUGCAACACCACAUUGUGUCCAGGCUCCGAAAGGGGAGGAGUCUUCUGGUGUUGAGCGUUCGACAUUUGCAUUAUUCAUGCAACCUGAUUGGGAUGAGAAACUCAGUUUUCCAGAGGAAGUUCAUAUUCAUAAAGAGAUUAUUCCAUCAAAUGCUUCCCUUACUUAUGGAGAGUAUUCGGAGAUGGUGCUUGACAAAUACUACGACAAAAAACAGUAAUGUAUACAUCUUAGUCACUGAUGUUGAUUGUCAGUAAAAAACUAUGUUUUUAGCAUUUGUUUUUGUUUCAUAUCUAUCUGUUUUAUUUUUCUCUGGUUCUUUAACUCAUGCUAAUUUGCAUGGCCUAAGGUGUUACUCUUUGUACUUUUCACUCUAGUCCAUGUUAACUAACUGUUAAUUCAUGGAAUAAAAAUAAAUAUUCUUGUAUCUCAUGGAAUAAAAAUAAAACUUGAAGGCCAAGGAAGUCCAUUUAAAUUAGUUUCACUAGACGUUAAACUGUUGCAUCGAUAAAAUAAUGGAAUGAAAGGAAUUAGUUUA